UUCUCCUUUCCACCUAAUCAUUUCCUUUUUAAGUUCUCUCUCAGUCAAACUAACUUCUUCAACGACAACAACUCUGCUAAAUAAAAAUCUCAACAAGUUUUGUGAACUUGAACCCUGUCCAUUACUUUUUUUGUUCUUGAAUCUUCUUAUCAUGGCUUCUGAUUCUCAGACCGCAACUGCAACUACAUCUGAAAAGCCAGUGGAGAACAAGGUGAACGAGGAGGCUAAGUUGAUGGAGAAAGAGAUUGUUUUGGAGGAAACUGCUGAUGUUGUGAAGGAUAAACCGGUUUCAGAUUCAAGCCUGACUGUUACUAAGGAGGAGAACAUCAGUCAAACUCGUGCUGCAGACGUAAAGGAGGUUGCAGCAGUUGUGAAAGAAGAGGAAUCUACACAGAAGGGGGCAGAUGAAAAUGGUGAGAAGAAGGUAGCUGAACAAGUGGAAGUUAAAGAACCAAUUCUUGUGAAAGAGGGUGUUGAAGAAGUUAAGGUUGAAGCUGGUGAUGCAGAGAAAGGAAAAGAUGAAAAUGGUGAGGAGAAGAUAGCUGAAGAAGUGGAGCUUAAGGAACCAACCCUUGUGAAAGAGAGUGUUGAAGAAGUUAAGGUUGAAGCUGGUGAUGCAGAGAAAGGAAAAGAUGAAAAUGGUGAGGAGAAGAUAGCUGGAGAAGUGGAAGUUAAAGAACCAGCCCUUGUGAAAGAGAGUGUUGAAGAAGUUAAGGUUGAAGCUGGUGAUGCAGAGAAAGGAAAAGAUGAAGAUGGUGAGGAGAAGGUAGCUGAAGAAGUAGAGCUUAAGGAACCAAUACUUGUGAAAGAGGGUGUUGAUGAAGAAGUUAAGCUUGAAGCUCUUGAUGCGGAGAAAGCAGAAGAGAAGGGAACCGUUGAAUGUGUAGCUGAAGAAGGCAACAAAGAUAAGGAGGAGAGCAAGGUGGUUGCUGUUUCUGAAUCAGCCGGAGUCAAACAAGUUGAUGAUGUUCAACUUGUUAGAGAAGUACCUGAAGAGACUGUAGAAGACAAGAUCAAAGAUGUUGAGGUUCUUGAAGUCAAGCCAAAGCCAGAGGAACCCACACCUGAAACAACAGAACAAGCUAAGGUUGAGCUUGUGGGAAAGCUGGAGGAUACCAUUGUUGUUGAGACCAAAGACUCCAAGGAUGAACAGACUUCUAUGAUAAACCAAGAUUCAGACACUGCCCCCCAAAAGGAGACAGAAGGAGACGCUUCUUCUCCUGCUGACGUCACUGAGAAAGCCAUCACCGAAGAGAAGCAUGUAGUGGAAGAACCAUCAAAGGAUGAGCAAGAGAACGUAAGUGAAGCAAAAGAUGUCGCCACUAAAGUAGCCACAGAAGAAGAAAACAUCAAGAAGGACACUGAAGAUGUCAAGAGUGAAGAGACUUUGAAAGAAACUGAAGGAAACAAACAAGAGGAAUCAGUCACAGAGAAAGUAGCAGAGGCUGUAGAAACAGCACCACCUGUUGUUAAAGAGAUCGAAGAGCCAGAAGUCACAACCAAAGAUGAAGUUGUUGUUAAGCAAAAAAGUUCAAACAGCCUCAUGUCAAAGGUGAAGAAGUCUCUUGUUAAGGCAAAAAAAGCACUCACUGGUAAAUCUCCAAGCUCUAAGACUAUCUCAACUCAAGAAGCCAAAGAGACAUCAAAGCCAAGUGAUUAAAGUAAAGAGUCAUGGAUUCCUUUAAAGUCUUUUCAGGUAUUUUAAUUUAUUUUGUUGGUUUUUUGCUUCUUUGUGUUGGGGGGAAAAAGAACAGAACAUUCUUUUUAUUUUGUGUUUUAUGGCUUUGUGUGGUUAUAACUUAUAUGUCUGUAAACCUACAAAGAUUUGGCUUUGUUGUUAUGGAUGUGUUUGGGAAAUUUCUUCAACAUUAUUGUAUUCAUUA